AGCAGUGAUGUCCACUCAAACUGUUUGCCCUCAGGAGCCAAAGGUGUUGAGAGCUCCCCGGCGGAGUCCCAGCUGUCUCUCUGAUAUGUACCAGAACAUGUUUCAGGGCGAAGCAACCCAGCUUGUGGAAAAGAAGGGAUGCCAACCGUUGCAUAGCAGCACCAGCGCCAGCCAAUUGACUUCCUAUCUGCACCAGAAAACUGAACGUAGAGUUCCUCGGAGCACCACAAGUUGUGACCCACAUCUCCGACCCAUCAUGCGCCGUCGGGCCAGGUCCUUGCCCAGUUCUCCAGAGAGAAGGCGUAGCGGGGUGACUCCCUGUCGUGUUCCGGGUUGCCACACCCGCAAGAACCGUGUCAGGUUUGCAGAUGCUUUGGGCCUGGAGCUGGCAGAAGUGAAAGUUUUCCAAGCUGGGGAAGAUCCAUCUAUCCCACUUCAUGUUCUUUCUCGGCUGUCCAUUAAUUCGGAUCUCUGUUGCAGCAAGCUGGACCUGGAAUUCACCAUGCAGUGCCUGGUACCUGACUUCCAGCAGCCGGGAGAUUGUGAAGACUUCCUCAGCCGCCUGCAGCAGCAGCAGGUGUGUUUGGAACGAGUGUCCAGCUCAGAUCUGGGCCUGAAUGGCACAAUCAGAGUGAUCAAUUUAGCCUUUGAGAAACAGGUGACUGUGCGCUAUACUUUUAAUCACUGGAAGGGGCAGCAUGAAAUAAAUGCUCAGUGGCACAGCAGUGUUGCUGGUCAGGAUGGUGAGUCUCAAGUGGACAAUUUCACCUUCUUCCUUCCUAUGCCCCCAUUCCUUCUUCAGCUUAGCUCAGUAAUUGAGUUUGCAAUCUUAUACCGAGUCAACGGACAGGAAUACUGGGAUAACAACCAGGACAAGAAUUACACCCUCACUUGUAGGAAUCAUCCGCUUAAGAUGCCCAGAGAAUGUGAAGAGAGCUGGAUUCAUUUCAUCUAAAAGCAAAACAAAGGGGUCUGCAUUCGUUUGACCUUCCCCCCCCCCCCCACGCUGAGGCACCAAAGAAACUCUUCGACAUGGCAAAGAUCCUUCAGAAUAAAAGAAUAACAAGUGAUCUGCACAAAAGCUAUUUUGAGAAGCUGUUGUUUUUCUGAAAAAGAUAAGGAUAAAGGGCCUUAAUUUGCAGUGAUUUGCACUAAAUUAACUUGAAAUGUUUGGGAAUCAUAGCCCAAAGAUACAAUCAUUAGAAGGAACCUAAUGUAUUUUAUUCCUUUGAUUAAUUCUUAUAAUGUUCUGAUUGUGCAGUAUUUUAAAACAUACUGUACUUGAUGCUCUGUAGUUUUGCACUUCACUUUUUGCACUUUUUACAAAAUUGUCUUUGGUGGAACUUAAGCAUAUUUCUGUUAAUUUCUAGAAGGAGAAAAUGUUACACUUUUCUAAUGCACUGGUCAAAUGCUGCAGGGCUGGGGAUGGCAAAAUUUAACUAUUUAAAUAAAAAUGAAAAUUUACACUGCAGUUUAUAAGGCUUAUAUGACAGUGUUCUUAUACAUUUGGCAUUAGUCCCUGAAUGUUCCUGUUUUAGAGCACUUUUUGUUAUUAGAAGAGAAAAUGCAGUUUGCGUUUUGGAGAAGUUUAUUUUUUAUGUUAUUUU